UCGAGAGAUUUCCACUCACAAGUUUUAAGAUUCUAGUCUUCCAUAUAUUUGUCUUAAGAAUAUACUUUCAACAUUCUCAUUUUAAAUGUUUGGCAUUUCCCUAUGACUUCAUUAAUGGCUGUGAGUGUGAGUUGGGCGGUGCAACUCCCAUCACAAAUGCAAAUCCAAGGAAACCAAAUAUCCCUUUCUGUGAUUUCGGAGGCCACCAAUCCAAACGUCCAAGAAUUAAUUCCCAACUCUGAAAUCUUAUAUUAAUAUGUUGUGUGACACAGAAGUAUGUGUUUCUCAGAAGAUAUUAUUGUGUUACAACUGUAUUGAUUUAACUCCUGCUAAUGCAGACAAAGUUUGCUAAUUUUGUUGUUUUAAAGGUAAAAGAAAUGGGGGUCUUUCUGAGCAGCGCAGAGAGCAACUACGGAAAUAUCAUCAUUUGGCUUUGAAGCACAGCCACCAGAUUACCCAAGUAUCCUCCUUUUUAUCAAAUUACACUUCACUUCCCUGACAUUUGGCUAUAAAUUUGCAGGGCUUGGGGUCGCAUGCUUUUGCAGGCUGUUGGUUCGUACAGAGAAAAGCCAACCUGUCAUCGCUUUUGAAGAUGUUGGAGGGCAAAGCUGCGGUCCGCGAAACAGACAUGCCAGAGGGGAUCCAGAGCCAUGUCCUUGAGUUGGCUUAUAAAGCACUUGAUCAUCACGAAGUUUCCGACUGUCAAUCCAUUGCCCGUUUUAUCAAACAGAGAUUUGACGAAGCUUAUGGCCCGGCAUGGCACUGUGUUGUGGGAAAAGCUUUUGGAGGUUGCAUUACACAUUUGUGUGGGAGUUUCAUCUUCUUCCAUGUGGAUAUAAUGGAGUUUCUCAUCUUCAAGGACGGAAGAGACUUCUCCAAAAGCAUUGAAGAAACCUUAGGAGUGCGCCAGAAAAGUUAAUCAGCCAUCUUUGUUCUCAUCCUCAGGUGAUAUCAUCCAUUCCAGAGCUCAGGAUAAUGGGGUUUCAUACAGAUAGAUAGUAAUUAAUAUUUAGCAUAUAUUUUGUGCUGUUUUUUGUGUUAAAGUUUUGCAUGAGUAUAAUAAAAGAAUUUAUGUACCGAAUCGCAUCGAAAUUCGAAUGAAGGUUAACAAAACAAGCUUAUUCAACUAGAAAACAGAUGAACAAAGUGUAGUAAUU